CUCUCCACUUGACCGCAGCCCACUGAACCUUUUUCUCUGUCUUCUGUCUCUUUCAUCUUUUUCUCUCUCUCUCUCUUCAACCAUUUCACUCACUCACUCUUCCUCAAAAAACCCAUCACUUUUUCCCUUCUUUUCUCUUUUCAUCAAGAAUCUAAAAAUCCCAUAUAGGGUUUUACUUUCAAGCAAAUGCAGAGCUACAGCCUCCAUUAAUGGCAUUUCAGAUGGGAAGAAAUGUUCUUGUGCUGCUGUUCACGAUUCUGCUGCUUUUUGGUGGUGUUUGUUCUGUUUCAGCUGGUGUUUAUUCUCUUUCAGCUACUUCCUCACCUACCAGAAUUUUAAAUGGGUUUUUCUCAAAUGCAUUUUCUAUGCUGAUGAAAUGGAUUUUAUCGCUCAAGGCAACUACUAAAACAGCUAUAUCUGGGCGUCCAAUGAUGAAAUUUGAGAGUGGGUACACAGUGGAGACUGUGUUUGAUGGGAGCAAACUUGGCAUUGAGCCUCAUUCUGUUGAAGUUUUGCCUAAUGGGGACCUUCUCAUUUUGGAUUCUUCUAACAGCAAUCUUUACAAAAUCUCUUCAUCCUUGUCCCUAUAUAGCAGGCCAAAGCUGAUAACAGGAUCAGCUGAUGGAUACUCCGGAUAUGUGGAUGGUAAAUUGAGAGAAGCAAGAAUGAAUCAUCCAAAGGGACUUACAGUGGAUGAUGGAGGAAAUGUGUACAUUGCUGACACGGAUAAUAUGUCAAUCAGGAAGAUAAGCGAUACUGGGGUGACAACCAUUGCAGGAGGUAAAUGGAGUCGGGGAAAUGGACAUCUGGAUGGACCCAGUGGAGAUGCAAAAUUUUCAAAUGAUUUCGAUGUGGUCUAUAUAGGAAGCAGUUGCUCUCUCCUCGUUAUAGAUAGAGGAAAUAAGGCGAUUCGUGAAAUACAACUCCACUUUGAUGAUUGUGCUCAUCAGUAUGGAAGCAGUUUUCCCCUGGGUAUUGCAGUGCUUAUAGCAGCUGGCUUCUUCGGUUACAUGUUAGCUUUGCUUCAACGAAGAGUUGGCUCAAUUGUGGCUUCUCAAGAUGAGCAAGGAAUCUUGAAAGCAAGUACUGUAAAUCAGAAUCCGUACCAGAUGCAGCUGAAGUCAUCAGUAAGACCACCACUGAUUCCGACAGAAGACGAGCAGGAGAAACUCGAAGAAAGCUUUUUCGGGUCAUUAGGGAGACUGGUUGCACAAACUGGAGCAUCUGCUGCUGAAAUUCUUGGAGGAGUUUUUCCUGUGUUCAGAAGGAAUCAGUAUAAUCAUCAGUAUCAAAACCAAGUACAACAGCACAAGUAUUCAAAUGCUUGGCCUGUUCAACAAGAUAGCUUUGUUAUACCAGAUGAAGAUGAGCCCCCUUCCAUUGAGACCAGGACCCCGACUCCUCGAAAAACCUAUGCCUUCAUGUCCAAAGAUUCUGAGAAAAUGCAACGACUUAAACAAAGUCGUGCUUUUUACGAUGGAUGGGAAGGUGACGUCCAGAAUCAGCAAACUCAGAAAAAACAUCAUCAUCGAUAUCAUUCGUCCAUACCUCAAACUUACUAUGAACAAACCUCGGCGAACACCAGCGAGAUUGUGUUUGGAGCAGUUCAGGAGCAAGAAGGGCAGCGCGAUGUUAUAAUAAAGCCCCUCGACAAUGUGAUCCCGUCAUAUGAUGUCUCUAAAAUUCGUGCUCGACUCAACUAUACCCAUGGACGUUGAUUAUUAUACACCAUUACUUCCUCAAGACUUCUUGAUGGCUAAAAAGUCAGGUAUAUCAUAUAUUCGUAGUGCUAAGUUUGCCGUAAUAGCGAAAAUCUAUUUGUAGUCUUGGAGAAAAAAUGUUUUUUAAGUGUCCAAUGAAAAUGGAUUAUCUUAUUUUUGAUGCUCUAUUUCAUUUACUUUUCCGUUAGUCAAACUAAUAGAUAUGGACAGAAUGACUGAUGAGAAUGAAAUUUCGCUCGAAAAGCCGGUUGGAUUCCUUCCUGGAUGAAGACAAACAUUUGUUUCUUUUUUAAA